UCCCCAGAGCCCAUUGUGACCCCGGGGGGUUUUGGGGGCACAGAUCCAGGGGGUGCUGCUCCCAGGGGAGCCCCCCCAGCCCCCCCAAGAAGGCAGCGGCUCCCGGGAUCCCUCUGGACAACAGGGAUGGCGGAGAGGGCAAAUCCCACCAAAGUGAAGGCAAACCAGAGGAGACGGUAUGAGCCAUUCAUGCCCCGGCCCAGGGGGGCAGAGGACGACUCCUCCAGCGAGCCCGCCAGCCCGGCCCCCGGGACCAGCGCCCGCCAGCACCCACCGCCCGCGGCCACCCGGAGCCGGGACACCCCCCAGCGCCCUCGUGGGGAGCCGGGCACGGCCUCGGGGACGCAGAGCCCGGGGCCCCCCUCGGAGCACAGCGAGGACUCGGCCUGGGUGACGGGGGCCCCGCUGACCGAGGCCGGGCUGCGGACGCUGGGCCGCAUGACGAGCCAGCAGAGGGUGCUGCUGUGGCUGGAAGCCAACUUCCCAAACCCGGCCCAGGAGGAGCAGGAGGCCCAGGGCCACAAGAAAUCGAAGGCUCCAAGAAAGAAAUAAGCUGGAAGAGACCUCUGUG